AUGGGUAGAAAGAUGAGAAUAUUUUCUCUUCUCAACAUUUUCCAUGGUCUUUCCGAAGAUUGCAUUGACCAGCAGCUUAAAAAGAUCUUUUUCGAAGUCAUUCUUUGCUUGGUUUCGGAGGAUGAGACGGCCAAUAAAAAAACAUUAGCUCCAAGGAAUGACGAUAGUAGCGAUACAGAAUCUAAUACCGAAAGCUUGAACCUUACGGACUCUGAUGGUGUUAAUUGGACUGAAGAACCUAGAGAUCAGAAUUGCGAUGGUGAAAUUUUGGUUGGAAGCUUUAUCUUAGUAAAACUUGCUACAAAAAAACAAGUUAAAUAUUGUGUUGGCCAAGUUACGGACAUCGACAACAGGUUUAAAGAAUAUAGUGUUAGCUUUCUAAGAAAAAGACGAGAAAACAAGUUUUCUUUUCCUGAUGUCUCAGAUCAGUCAACUGUCCCACCAGAAGAUAUCGUGAUGUCAUUACCAACUCCGGUAUCGACGGGAGGCACCGCAAGAGUUCAACGGUACCAUCACUUUUCCACGGACCUGACUAAUUACAAUCUAUAUUAG